CUCUUGCCUUCUGGCUCCCCCAGAGCCAAGCGCCAGAAGAUACAUAAUGUUGCUGUCCAAUGUGAUGUCAACCCGAAGGCGAACGGUUCCCCGUCCUCUAUAGGUGACAUGCAGGUUGGAAAAGAGAAGCAUUUCAAGCAUUCCCCUGCCAGGCAUUUGGCCAUGAAGCCACUUAUGACUUUGGAGGUCCAGUCAUCAGAGUGUGAAGAGAUCCUUCCAAAUGCCUUGCGCCCAUGUUCCAGGAAGGCCAAGCAAGCAGCUCUUUCUGCUCUGCAGGAAGAGAAGGAAUCCUGGAGCGAUGAGGACGAGAUCUUCAUGGACCAGCAAUCAGAGUUGUCAGUUGGUACCAGCACUUCUGGGGCUAAGAAGAAGUGGUCCUCAAAAGAGACUAUGUGGAUCAAGAAAGGUGUAGAGAAAUUUGGGGAAGGAAGCUGGAAAGUUAUUUCUCAAAAUUAUCCUUUUAAGGAUCGCACCCCUGUGAUGAUCAAGGACCGCUGGAGAACAAUGAAAAAGUUGGAAUUGAAGUGAAUGUGAGGGCAGACUCUGCCUUAAAUGUGUUGGGUUGUUGUGCUGUAGAUGUGUUGAAUUGACUGUUGCCAUGCCUUUAAUAUGUUAUGUAAAUUAAAGAAUAAAACAUUUUGUAUUGA